ACACACACUGCCAGUAUAUUCAUUUUUUCGUUCGACGUCAGGUUGUGUUGGCAAAAGUUUACUGAAGAAAAUCUGAGAUAUUACAGUAAGUUAAAGUACAUUUGUUUUAAACUUGCUGUGUGAGAUUUUUCGUCACUCAAUGAAGGUGGAGGAAGAUCUGCGGAGCGGCGGGACGGUAAGCGGCGGUCGAGGCGGCAAUGACUGCUGUAUUACCAGACUGCUGAGCGUCGUGGAGAGCGAGUUACAGGCCGGCCGAGAGAAGGGAGACCCGACUGAGAAACAGCUCAAAGUCAGCUUGGAAGAUGCUGAACUCUGGAGGAAAUUCAAAGAAGUCACCAAUGAGAUGAUUGUGACCAAGAACGGAAGGAGGAUGUUUCCAGUUCUGAAGGUCAGUGUGACGGGUCUGGAUCCCAAUGCCAUGUAUUCGUUCCUUCUGGACUUCACCCCUGCAGACGGGCACCGCUGGAAGUACGUAAACGGAGAGUGGGUUCCGGCGGGCAAACCUGAGCCUCACAGUCACAGCUGUGUCUACAUCCACCCCGACUCCCCCAACUUCGGCGCACAUUGGAUGAAGGCUCCGGUGUCCUUCAAUAAAGUCAAACUGACUAAUAAACUCAACGGAGGCGGACAGAUCAUGCUGAAUUCCCUCCAUAAAUACGAGCCUCAGAUUCACAUUGUUCGUGUCGGAGGAAGCCACAGGAUGGUGACCAACAUCUCCUUCACAGAAACUCAGUUCAUCGCUGUAACAGCCUACCAGAAUGAAGAGAUAACUGCGCUGAAGAUAAAACACAACCCAUUUGCCAAAGCGUUCCUUGACGCAAAGGAAAGGAGUCACCCUAAGAAUCAUCUAGAACCUCCAGUUGAGAACCAGCACAUGGGCAUCCCACACUGCGGAUGGUUCAUAUCAAACCCAGACACUCUGUGUUCUGCUAGUGGCGGAAACUUUCCAUAUUCAGGAGGUUUACCGCUCACUCAUCAUCACCAUGGGUAUAAACACUACCCAAGUCUACACGGGCACCGGGCAGCCCCGUACCCAUCGCCCUACCUGCCCCGCCAUCAUCACCGUGGCCAUAACACAGUUUCUCUAUCAGACAAUCUGAGUCCAGGUGUGCAGAUGUUCUCCAGUCACGAGAGCUGGACUGGUGUGUCUCCUCCAGGUCCUGCUGCCAUGCUGUCCAUGCAACCUGCUCCAAACUCACCUGGAGCCAGCAGUCAAUAUCCCUGCCUGUGGACUGUGAGCAGCUGCACCGUCUCCUCCAGUCCUCCAGGAGGCGUUGUGAGCCUCACACACAGCCAGGAUGAGCCUGCGGACGUUGCAUCUACUUCUGUUUCACCGUGCUCUUUAUUACAGGCCCACGGACCAACCAGCUCUGAUGGUGCCGUAGAUCCAGCCAAUCACAAUAGGGUAGGCGGGAUGAGCUGGGCUUCUGUCACCACCCACUCGUUCUGAGCUAAAUCAUUUAAU